UAAUCUUUUAAUUAAGAGAUACGUUCAUUAAUUGUGUUAUUACAUUUUCUAUUUCUUGAUUCAGAUGAUUAUUUCAAUCAUUUUUUGUUUCCGAUAUUGGCAGCAUUGUGUGACGUCAUUUGAGAACCAAAAAAUAAUGCUUCUAUUGGUGUUCCACCGUUGGCCAAAUUUGUUUCGAUCGAGCGGUGCGCAUGCGCAUUGAGUGGUGCCAGCGACUAGACAAUGAGAGAGCAUAUCUCCUCUCUCUCAUGUUCGAUAUGUCGCUGGAUCUUAUUAGUGACUUUCUUAAUAAUAACGAUCCAUUGGUGUUCCACCGUUGGUUAAAUUUGUUUUGAUCGAGCGGUGCGCAUGCGUGUUGAGUGGUGCCAGUGACCAGACAAUGAGUGAAUUCAUCCCCUCUCUCUCAUGUUCGAUAUGUCGCUGGAUCUCAUUAGUGAUUUUCUUAACGAUCCAGAUUUCAACGACAAUCCAAUUGAGUUGGAUCAACGCUCAGCCCCGCCUCUACCUGCAUCACCACCACCACCACCACCACCACCACCACCACCACCACCACCACCACCACCACCACCAAUAAUGGCUGACGACCAGCAACCACCCAAUAUCCAGCAGCCUCAGCAGCCCCAACACCUCCAACAAUAUGACCAACAGCUGCAGCAUCCUCACCAGCCCCAACAGCUUCAGCAACAAUCCUCACAGCUAGAGCAACAACCACCCGAUAUACAACAAGAUCAACAUUCACCCGCACAGUCCCACCAGUAUCACCUACAACCCCAACAACCUCAGAAUCCUCAGCAGCCCCAAGAGCCUCAACACCAACCUCAACAGCCUCAGCAGCCAUCCCAGUACGAUAUCCAUGAUCUCUUUGGAAAUAUUAAUGAACGCAUGGAUGUCUUGGAACAAUUGUUUGUUGGCAAUUACAAUCGUGUGAAUGAGCAACGUAGAGGUGGUAGUCGAGGUAACAGAGGGGGUAAUCGAGGUAAUAGAGGCGGUAAUGCAAGUAACAGAGGAGGCACAGGUGGCUAUGGAGCAGGUGGAAGGAGUCAACGGGGGCGACUAGAUGGAUGGAACGUGGGAAAUGGACAGGCGAAAGAGAAUGGUAGGAGACGAAGAGCUGGGCAAAACCUUGAUCAUCGUAACGCUAUAUAUUGGAAGAGUCAAUUCUUCCAAUUGAAAAAUCGUCGAUCUCAGAGGGGCAAGGGUGGUCCUCCAGUGAUCAAUCACUACUAUGCCUCUCAAUAAUAUUUUCCUAUAAGGACUUGAGAGUAGUCCCUCGUCGAAACUGUUUUUUCGACGGUUCACAAAGAUUCAUCCAUGGAUUCAUUCUGAAUUCUUCAUUCAGGAUUCUGUGAUAAUAAACAGAGGAGAAGCAUUCCAUCUCGAAAAAUAUAUAUAUUCAAAAACGUUUUCUAGUGAGUAUUGUGUUGUGUUUUCUUUUUAUAGGGAAACAAAUUUCUCUUAUAUUAACAAAAAAGUGAGCAUAGUAUUAUGUUAACUGUAAGAGCUAAUUAUGCAGUUUAGUGAUUGUGUUCAUGAUAAAGAGUUUUGAAGGUAUUAUAACAUAAGCAGAGGAAAACUAUUCCAUCUGGAAAAAUAUGCAUUUAAAAACUAUUGGUAUUGAGUAUUUAGUUCUGUUUUAUUUUUAUAGGGAAAAAAAAAUCUCUUAUAACAACAAAAAUGUGAGCAUAGUAUUAUGUUAACUGUAAGAGCUAAUUCUGCAGUUUAGUGAUUGUGUUCAUGAUAAAAAGUUCUCAAAGUAUUAUAAAAUAAACAGAGGAAAACCAGUCCACCUCGAUAAAUAUGCAUUUAAAAAGGAUUUGUAUUGAGUAUUUAGUUCUGUUUUCUUUUUAUAGGGAAAAAAAAUUCUCUUAUAUUAACAAAAAUGUGAGCAUAGUAUUAUGUUAACUGUAAGAGCUAAUUCUGCAGUUUAGUGAUUGUGUUCAUGAUAAAAAGUUCUCAAAGUAUUAUAAAAUAAACAGAGGAAAACCAGUCCACCUCGAUAAAUAUGCAUUUAAAAAGGAUUUGUAUUGAGUAUUUAGUUCUGUUUUCUUUUUAUAGGGAAAAAAAAUUCUCUUAUAUUAACAAAAAUGUGAGCAUAGUAUUAUGUUAACUGUAAGAGCUAAUUCUCCAGUUUAUUGAUUGUGCUCAUGCUAAAAACUUGUAAAAGUAUUGUAAAAUCUUUUUUUCAUGAAGUUUUCCGUUUUGUUUCAUGCACAAAAUUUCAUUAAACCCCUUAAUGUGUUGUUCUUUCAUUUAUUUACCAUUUCCGCCGCCAGAUGGUAAUCAGUGAUCAUUACGAUCGAAUCUUGGCUAUUCUCAGUCAAUUCUCGUCAAAUUAUCGUCGAUGUCUUACUCGUGUCUGAUGUCUUACUCGUGAAGUUGUUCCUAACCUGAAUUCUUGAAAAAUCCAUUGAAAAUUAGCAUUUUUAGAUACUCCCUGUGACGGAGCGCUUGAUAGGAUUGUUCGCUGAUUUCUAACCUCUAAUUUCGGUAAUUUAUCUUCUCUCCCUUUGACUUUUUCUUCCUCCUUAACUCUCUAUCUCUGUAUCCUCUUCAAUUAUAUCGACGAUAUUCUUCUUGCUCUCCCCUUUCUAUCAGCAUCUACCCCUUUUGUAUUUCUCU